AUGACGUCUUUCUACGACGAAGUAGAAAUUGAGGACUUUGAGUUUGACGAAGAUAAUCAAACUUACCACUAUCCUUGUCCUUGUGGAGAUCGCUUUGAAAUCACUUUGGAUGAACUAGCAGAUGGAGAAGAUAUAGCUCGAUGUCCGAGUUGUUCUUUGAUGGUUCGCGUAAUUUAUGACCCGGAGGACUUCCAAGAAGGCGGCGGCUCAAGCAUUGAUCUACCCAUGCAGCCAAUUGCUGUAUAA